AUGAACUCUGUCCGAAGCCUCCACCUUGACGCGAGCUCUCCAUCGGCGCCUCGCCUUCCACCGGAGAUAAUUGAUGCCAUCAUUGACGAAAUCGACAACCUUGUUGAUCUCAUGUCAAUGGCACGCCUUUGCCGAUUAUAUACCGAUUACGCCCUAAAGAUAUGUUAUCAACGAUACUUCAAGUCUCGCGGCCUUCCUUGGAUUUCUCGAUUGCUAUGGCCAGCCCUCCACUAUGAUGACCCUCUUAAGGAUGAGCCCAGUGCCGAGGCCGAGGCGCGAGCUCUUCUAAUGCUUAAAAGAGGGACGCCUUUUUGCAAACCAGAUGAAAUGUGGUAUUUCCAACCUCCAAACGCUUCCGACAUUAGCUAUCUCUAUUUCAACUGGAACGGAGCCAUCAGUACUGGAUACUGCUACGGGAGAUAUCCGAUCCUCCACUUCGCAGCAUAUGCGGGGCUCGACAGCAUCGUGGAGCAUCUGGUGAGCAAUGGCGCAGAUGUCAAUGCCACCCCCUAUCAGUACACGAGUGAGGAGGACGUCUUUCUGUCGCAUCUCACGCCUCUGUUCAUGGCCGCUUACGGCGGUUCGCUCAAGUCGGCUCGACUCCUGUUGGACUGCGGCGCUCGUAUCGAAAAGAGUUGGGUUGCCGCCCUCCAAAGCGGAAGCGCAGCUCUGGUGCAGCUGAUGAUUGAAAGAGAUCCGAGUAUCCUUCAGGAAUCGAUAACUAUCGGACGCAAAACCAUGAAUCCCUUCAGCGCCGUCCUUGACUUGAGCAAAUGUGACCCCUUGCCUGUUAUUGAAACUUUGGUGGCCAACGGCGCGGACACGACGUAUAUGAAUGCCUUCAAUCGAAAUAUUCAUGAACGAUCAGGAUUCGUCGAGGGUAUGGUGAAAGAGGCGGAGCGCCUCAAGCUCGAAAAGCAAAAUAAAUGA